GGUGGAAAGAAUGAAUAUCAGCUAUACAAUAUUUAUAAUUUUACAGAUAAUCAGUCAGAUACGUCAGAAGUUAUAAACACAAAAGAUACUUCAACUCAACAGAUCAAUCAGAAGGCAACAAUGACUGAUCUCGAGGAUAUUUAUGCAACACUUGCAGAUGAGCCACAAAAAAGUAAAACAGUCUGGAAUUCAUCGAAAUCGACACCGAGUUCAUCGUUUCGUGUUAUUGAAGCCGUCUCAGUUGGUCGAAAUAAGAACUAUCACAUGGACAUUCUUCAUUAUUCGCCAACCGGCGCCAAUUCUGAGGAGAAACGCGAUGUUCAGUUCGGAAGCCUCAAACCUCAGUUGGCGAAAUUUGAACGGCCGAAUUUUAUCAUUACUUCAUCGCAAGGUCAAAAGCCUGGAGUCAAAGAGCAACAACAAUCCGACUCGAUAAGAACGCAGGAUGUGAGAACAGACAAGAAUAUCACUCACAAUUCAAAAGAAGAUACUACUCUUCAGAAGGAAUAUGCCGAAAUGAAGGCUCUUUUCGAUGAAUGGCACUCGCGUUGUUCUGAUCCGUUGAGUGCCAAAAACGCCUACACCCUCAGACUUCAGGAGCGAAUGGUAGCACAGUUGGAACUUGUUCGAAAGUUAUGCGCUCAGGCACCAGCAGAAGAUAUCGCCGACUGUCCCCCUUUACCAAUUCCAAUUUUACCGUCAGCGCAGAAGAAACGACCUCAACUAAGCAACUAUAAGUUUUCACCCCCCACCCCCAUAUCACAAUUCCCACAAUCGUUAUCCACACAACAACGAAAAUCACCUCAAACUGAUUACAAAUCACCAAAUAGCAACAUAUCGUUUGGUUAUGCCCACCAAACAACCAUCACGCAACAAAUGGUUAAGCCAACUGCCGCAGCAACAGUAUCCUCUUCAAAUGAACAACAAAAUGCUCGUAAAGACUCGAACAGCUCCAUUGAUAUCAGAAAUAAUAAUAAUCCGAAACCUGAGUACAAUACGAUCAGUUAUGGAACGACCAUACAACCAAAACAAAACCAACCAAUUUAUUCAAACGUCCAGAAAACUUCAGCAGUUUUUUCUAACAAAACGAAGGCCACCGAUUGGAGUAAAAGAAAGUUUGAAUGUGGAUCAAUAGAUGAAAAGGUUUGGGUGACAAGUACGCUGAGAGGAGAAAGUGCGUCGUCGUUGAAGAAUCAGGAACGUCAGAAACGAAAAGAGGAAGCUUUCGAGCGAAUUCAGCGUGAGAUUGAGGCAGAAGUGGAACGUCACCGAGAAAUGAAGAAAAUGCAUGAAAAUGUCAACAAACUUGCUACUGUCGAGGAGAAGGUCGAUAAAGAUCAUCGAAUGUCAGAAUCUGCGGUGGAAUGGAAAGAGGAAAAGCCGAAGAAAUCCGUGCCAGUGUCCUCCAUAGUGGAAUCAUCUCGAAAGAAUUUCGAAACGAAAUCGUCAGCAAAUCAUAAAUUGGUGUCAUCAGCACCACCACCGUUGUCCUCAUCAACGUCGUCAAGGAGAGAAUCUGAGAUGAAAGAGACGGAAUUUGAGGUGAAACUGAAGGAAGAAAAGCCGAAAAAAUCGGUGUCAGUGUCCUCUAUAGUGGAAUCAUCUCGAAAGACUUUCGAAACGAAAUCGUCAGCAAAUCAUAAAUUGGUGUCAGCAGCACCACCACCGUGGUCCUCAUCAACAUCGCAAUAUUCUUACAAAACGACAACGACCAAAAAAGACUUUCCACCAGUCAAAAGAAUUAAUGAUCACCAAGUGAACGGGUCUCAGAAUAGCAAUCGUAGCGAAUUAUCAAAUAAUCGUAAUGAAACGACGAUUCCAAAACAAAUCAGCAUUAGUGCAAUAGCCAAGAAUUUCGAUUCAAAAUCAACUACGUCAACGAGCGACGAGUCAACAAAGUCCUGCUCAAGGCCAAGCAGUACAUCAAAUAUCAAACAAGUCCUCCAGAAUGUUAAAUUGGAAACUCAUUCAGCCAAUGUUGAGAAACCACUGAAAUUCCAAAACUACAACCACCCUUCAGUGAUGCAUCAAAAUUCGACAAAUAUGAACAAAAAUAAUGCCAAUCCAUCGAGGAACAAUGUUAGCGAAGAUCAUAAUGGUAAUGGUAAAAGCAGCAGUGACGACGGUGAUAGCAAACAACCAAUUACGACAAGCAUUCGUUCAAAUGAAUACGAUCAAGAACAACAACAAUUUACAAUCCCUAAACUCAAGAAAGUUGACAGGCCAGUCGAACGCGUUGGAAUUCAACUGGGUUUCGUUCGUGAUGAUAAUCCGGACUACAAACCGAACCAAAUGUUGCCGAGUGAGAAUUCAUCAUCUCAACAAUUUUCGCGAUAUUCGUCGAUGCCAUCGUUUACUAAUGAACUGGAUGAAUCUUCAACCCCACAGGUCAGUAUCUCUAGAUCCGGCCCACCACCACCACCACCUCCAGGUCCUGCACCAGUCAUAUCGCAGCUCCGACUCAGGGAUAACCCGCAGUCACCGAGAAAUUAUGCCACCUCGUCGAGGCAACAAUAUCGUCAGUCACCAUCACCCAACUUCAACCCCCUAAUCGCUGAACUGAGAACAGUGAACUUCAAACCGUCAGCACCAAAUUCGCCGAGGCCAGCGAGAGCCAAUCAGCCAGCUUCAAGUGACCUUCGAGAGAGUUUAAUGAAAGAGAUUUGUGAUGCUGGUGGGACAAGGUGUCUUAAAAAGGUCGCAACACCGACGUAA